UUGUUCGUGUUUAAUAGGGGCAGUCCAGGCGGAGAGAGAGUGAGUACUGAAGGUGGGUCAGUAGAGCAGCCUGCUGCUGAUGUCGCUGGUCGACAAACAGCAAGUCUUCCUUCGCGAUAGACGUUUGUUAGGUGAAUAAAAACCUGCAAAUUCGGCUUUAUACUGCUUUCCUCAACACAUCCUAGAGUGAAUAACCCAAGAUUAUAUCGGACAUGAAGAACUCGGCUGUGUCCUUGUGCGCUCGAGCGCUUUUCUUGGCUCAACUUCUGGCUUCAUUCCUCUUCAGCCCUGCCCUUUGUGUUUCAGCCCUAGGCCAAAGUGAUGGCAGUGGCGUGGUGGUGGCCAUGUACAAUAUCAGCGCCCCCAAGGGAUCUCAGGCGGUAUUGCAAUGUCAUAGUCAGCGCAUGGUGUGGACACAAGACCGCUUAAAGGAUCGCCAAAGGGUAGCGCACUGGGAUUUACUUCGUAGUGGCCCAAACCACGCAAUGGAACGUGUUAUAGACAUGUUUUCUGCUGGAGACCAGCGCAUCUACAAUGGCUACAACCAGGGACGCAUUAACAUGCCCAAGACUGCUUUUAAGGAUGGCAACUUCUCUUUGGUAAUCAAAGAUGUUGCAGUGAGUGACAAAGGAAUCUACUCCUGUAACCUGCAUCAUCAUUACUGCCACCUGUAUGAGUCAAUCAAAGUUCAGCUCAAUGUCACCAGAUCAGCACGUAAGGAGAGGCGGUUUUGGGACGGUCAGAAGGCAGUGUAUGUAGUUCUGGUGGGCAGCAAGGUGGUUCUCCCUUGCGUUAACCGCCGGCCCAUCUGGACAGAGAGCAACAGUCAGGAGGACCAACAACAAGUGGUGCACUGGGACCGUCAACCUCCAGGGGUCCGACACGACCGUGCCGAUCGGCUCAUCGACCUGUACGCUUCUGGUGAGAGGCGUCACUACGGACCACUGUUUGUUCAGCAAAAGAUGAAUAUUUCUGCCACAGCGUUCUCGCAGGGAGAUUUCUCCCUGACCAUCUCAGACAUCCAGCCCCUGGAUCAGGGACUAUACUCCUGUCAUCUCCACCAUCACUACUGCGGCCUGCACGAGAGACGCAUCUUCCAGCUUACUGUGAUGCCUCCAGUUCCUCAGAUACCUCAGGAACCCUCAGAUGAACCUCAAUAUCUUCCCAAUGAAGACCCAAACACCAACAUGGUAGAAGUGCCGCCACAUGUAAUCAAUGUCAUCUUGCCAGAGCAAAGGAAUCACUUCCUGCAGCAGCUGGGCUACAUCCUGGCAACUCUCCUCCUAUUGGCCCUUAUUGUGUUGGCUAUCGUUCUCCUGACACGUCAACGAAAAAGACAAGGCCUAGAUUUUGAUCCACGAAAAGUCGAAAGCCCACCUCUGCCGACGGUGACGUAUGUGGGCCACACAUCAUGUGUUAAGAAAGAAUGUGAGCGAAGAAUCGCAGAUGUGAAGUCAAGCAACCAAGAGGAGACGAAGUUGGAAUACAAGAACAAUCUACUGAAGGAAGCGGAAAUGUCCAAACUUUGCUCCCCAAAAGCCAUUGACCUGGACAGAGAGAUGGAGAAGCCAUCUUGGAAAUAAGAGGUACUUUGCCACUGGCUGGUCCAGGGGCAGAUUUGG